AUGCAACAACCCGUUCAUGACGACACAGACCAGCGCAGAGCAAACAUCGCUGCCGCUGCCCAGACGAUACUGGCCAAUGUGGGCGAAGACCCUGAUCGUGAAGGCUUACUCAAGACUCCGGAGCGCUUUGCCAAAGCCUUGCAGUUCUUCACCUCAGGCUACGGCAUGAACCCAGAAGUCGUGACCAACGAUGCCAUAUUCACCGUCGAUUGCAAUGACAUCGUAGUAGUCCAGGGGAUCGACGUGUCGAGCUUAUGCGAGCAUCAUCUUGUGCCGUUUGUGCUGGGGUUGUCGAAGUUCGUGCGCAUUGUGGAGGUCUAUGCAAGGCGGCUGCAGGUCCAGGAGCGUUUGACCAAGCAGGUGGCAGAGGCUAUCGAGCAGAUGUUGCAGCCGGAGGGCGUUGUGGUCAUGGCCGAAUGUUCUCACAUGUGCAUGUCAAUGCGAGGCGUGCAGCAGGUGGGAACCGUCACGACAACGCUCUCCAGGACAGGCAUCUUCUUGCGCGAUGCACAGAUGUAUGAGGAGUUCCGUAGUAUGCUUCGGCGUUGA